CGCGCCCUGUCUGCACCUUGGGGGCUCGGGGCUUCCUCACUGGGCGCGCCCGCCACGCCCAGACUCCGGCGGCCACUCGGAGCGCGAAGACUUUGAGGGGUAACCAGAGAGGACCCAGGGCUCAAAGUUCUUUUCAAAAGCUGCACAGGGGCUUUGGGAAAUGUAGUUCAAGGCUGGAAAAGCCCGGAUGUCGAGCGCGCGCAAGGAGGCUGCGGCUUCAAAGACUGAGCCGCAGAGACACUUGGGAGGUACAGCUCGCGCGGGAGUACGCAGGCGCAGACCGCUGGCCAGUGGUCGAAGGUGGGUAGUCUCUGGCUGGAAUGGAUUGGGAGCUGGAAAACAAGAGACAAGAAGUUAGGGACAAGAAGAGGCUAACAUGAUUGGUACCAUUAUAAUUUAUUGUAAGUCAUCUCUUACCUUCUGAGAGAACCCACUGCUGGGAACUUCCAGAUACACUUCCCUUCUUAUGGGUACAGCCACUUCUCCAGCUGUCUUCUCAAUGUUUCCUCUGGGCAUGCAGUUGGCCACCUGCUCUGGUGGGUCUUGUUGUCUCUCCAGUGAGUCCUCUUGGACAAGAGAAUCCAAGCCAUUCCAGGCAGGCUCCAUCCAUGGGUUGCCCAUCUAGAGCUCAGGAACUGCCUCUUUUCCAAAGAGGAACCCAAAGGAAGACUGGUCACCUCUUGCAAAUCUCAAAACCAUGGCUCAGGCAUCAGUGUCAUUCAAAGAUGUGACUGUUGACUUCUCUCGGGAGGAGUGGCAGCACCUGGAUCCUGCUCAGAAGACUCUCUACAUGGAUGUGAUGUUGGAAAACUAUUGCCACCUCAUCUCUGUAGGGUGUCACAUGACCAAACCUGAUGUGAUCCUCAAGUUAGAACGAGGAGAAGAGCCAUGGACAUCAUUUACAGGUCAUACCUGCUUAGAAGAAAAUUGGAAAGAUGAAGACUUUUUAGUGAAAUUCAAGGAAUACCAAGAUAAGUUUUCUAGAUCAGUUGUAUUCAUCAACCACAAAAAACUGAUUAAAGAGAACAGUAAUGCAUAUGAAAAGACAUUUACUUUAAGCAAAAACCCUAUUAAUUCAAAAAAUCUACCUCCUGAAUAUGAUACUCAUGGAAAGAUUUUUAAAAAUGUUUCAGAAUUAAUCAUCAGUAAUAUAAGUCCUGCAAGAAAGAGACUUAGUGAGUAUAAUGGAUAUGGGAAAUCACUUCUCAAUACUAAACCAGAGACAGCUCAACCUGGAGUCAAAUCCCAUAAUCAGCGUGGCAGGGUUGUCAGUCAUAAUGACGUACUUAUACAAUAUCAUAAGGUGGAAACUCCAGCACAGCCAUUUGGAUAUAAUGACUGUGAGAAAGCCUUCCUUAAAAAAGGAGAAUUAAUUACACAUAAUAGAGCUUACAUAAGGGAAAACCCAUCUGAAUAUAAUAAAAGGAGAAGAACAACGAAUAUUGAAAAAAAACAUACAUGCACUGAAUGUGGGAAGUCCUUCUGCAGGAAGUCAGUAUUGAUUCUGCACCAGGGAAUUCACACAGAGGAAAAACCCUAUCAGUGCCAUCAAUGUGGAAAUUCAUUUAGAAGGAAGUCAUAUCUCAUUGAUCAUCAAAGAACUCACACAGGAGAGAAACCCUUUGUUUGUAAUGAAUGUGGUAAGUCCUUCCGCCUAAAGACAGCCCUCACUGAUCAUCAGAGAACACAUACAGGGGAAAAAUCAUACGAAUGUCCACAGUGUAGGAAUGCCUUCAGAUUGAAGUCACACCUCAUACGUCAUCAGAGAACUCAUACAGGAGAGAAACCAUAUGAGUGUAAUGACUGUGGGAAGUCCUUCCGCCAGAAGACAACACUCUCUCUACAUCAGAGAAUUCAUACAGGAGAGAAACCCUAUAUUUGUAAAGAAUGUGGGAAGUCCUUUCACCAGAAGGCAAACCUUACUGUACAUCAGAGAACUCAUACGGGGGAAAAGCCCUAUAUUUGUAAUGAAUGUGGGAAAUCAUUCUCCCAGAAGACAACCCUCGCUCUUCAUGAGAAGACUCAUAAUGAGGAGAAACCCUAUAUUUGUAAUGAAUGUGGGAAGUCCUUUCGCCAAAAGACAACCCUUGUGGCACAUCAGAGAACACAUACAGGGGAAAAAUCCUAUGAAUGUCCUCACUGUGGGAAGGCCUUUAGAAUGAAGUCAUACCUCAUUGAUCAUCACAGAACUCACACAGGAGAAAAACCAUAUGAAUGUAAUGAAUGUGGGAAAUCCUUCAGUCAGAAGACAAAUCUGAAUCUGCAUCAGAGAAUUCAUACAGGAGAGAAACCCUAUAUUUGUAAUGAAUGUGGGAAGUCCUUUCGCCAGAAAGCAACUCUCACUGUACAUCAAAAGAUACAUACAGGACAGAAAUCCUACGAAUGUCCUCAGUGUGGGAAAGCCUUUAGCAGGAAGUCAUAUCUCAUUCAUCAUCAAAGAACUCAUACAGGAGAGAAACCAUAUAAAUGUAAUGAAUGUGGGAAGUGCUUCCGCCAGAAAACAAAUCUCAUUGUACAUCAGAGAACUCACACAGGAGAGAAACCCUAUAUUUGUAAUGAGUGUAGUAAGUCCUUCAGUUAUAAGAGAAACCUCAUUGUCCAUCAGAGAACUCACAAGGGAGAAAACAUAGAAAUUCAAUAAAUGAUGUGAUCUCUUUGUGAAGCCUUUCCAAGUUAUUGUAAAACUUUAGUUUAAGGAAAAAAAGCAUGCUAAAACAUUUUAAUAAGGUAAUUUUAAUCACAAAUGUAAUAGUAGUUAAAGUACCAACCACAGAACUGUCUGCUGUUUACUAGCACAUGUAAUGGAUAUGAUCAUUGUUAUCGAACUUUAUCAGAAAUGAAGCUAAUUUUUUAAGUUUUCAAGUUCUGUUCGCUUAGAUUAUUUUUUUAAAGUGCUUACAUAAUAUAUGCAGAGGCAAGAUACAAAAUGGUUAUAAUAUCAGUCUCCAUAAAAGAAAGAAAGUAUGAAAUAUAUUUCUCCUUGUGCUCUGGAAUAAAGAAUAACUGUUAUUUCCCCAAAGAUUACCAUGUCCCUGGCUUAUAACAUCAUGAAGCAGUCUUUGCAUGUCUAAAUUUUAUGUUUUAUCAUAUAUCAUGAAUUAUUUUGUGUCUUGUCUCAACAUUUUUAAGAUUCAUACAUUAUUGCAUGUGGCAGUAAUGUAUUCAUUUUCACUGUGCAUACUUUUCCAUUUUAAGAAUAUACCACUAUUUAUCCUCUUGAUGGAUGUUUGUAUUUUUAUAAAUUUGUGUUGUAAUAAAAAUACUGCUCUAAAUGCUGUAAAUAUUCUGUGUAUGUGUGUAUGUAUAUUUCUGUUGAUCUUAUAGUAAGAUGAAUUACUCAGUCCAAGGGUGUAUGUAAGUUUUUUUCAGCUAUGGUAGAUACUGCCAAACAUCUCAGACCUUUCUUAAUAUGAGGUGAUUAACUUUGGAAAGUAACAGCUCUGAUUGUAAGCAAUGUGGAGAAAGGUCUUUAGCAGUCAUUCAACUAGAGAAUUUUACUUUAAAAAAUCCAUAUAAUAUUGUAAUUGUAAGAAGACUGUUAGUCAUGAAUAUCUGAAUGUAACAAAUCUAGAAAGACUCGCUAUGGCUUAAAUUACACAAAGCUAGAGAAUUCAUAUCGGAACGAAUCCUAUAGUUGUCAUGAUUAUAGGAAUACUUUUAGCCAUAGCAUACACCUUAUUUAACACCAUAGAAUUCAUACUAGAGAAAGGGAGGUUAAGAAAUGACAAAGAUGAGUAAAACUUGGGAAUAUAAGUCACAGUAGACAGAAUUGUGAAAUAACACACACACACACACACACACACACACACACAACUAAGCCUUUUAUAUAUUUAUCUCAGGAAGUGUGGGUCUCAAUUCCCAAUGGAAAAAUCACUGGAGAGAUAUUGAUGUUUUAGAAUUGGAAAUCUGCUAAAACACUAAUGUCUAUAGCAUCUUUUCUAUGAAAAUAGUAAGUUCAACACCUUGAACAGUUUUACUGAAGGCCCUUGAUUAUUUGUAACAUAUGUUUACUACAUAUAUUGUUACUGUGUAUAAUAAAAUGCAUUUAAAAUUUAAAUAAGCUUAUCCCCCACCCCCAAUUUGGGCCCUCUGCCUUACAGAAAGGGACAGCAAUUGCCAGUGGAUAGUAAAUGGAAACCUGCUUGUCCAGGGCUUGUAGAUAAUUUGAGAGAGAAAAACAAAAAACGACAGUGGGUAAUGAGGAAAUUCAGACAUGACAAAUAUUUAGACUUCAAAGGGUCUAAAAAUUAUAGUGCCUUGUCUGACCAGACAGAACUUUGUGAAAUUUAGCCUUUACUAGUAACUAUUUACAUUUAGAGGAUUUGUUUGUUUCAUUUUGUGGUUUCUUUUUGAGGGCAGGAUGAACAUACUAAAAAUAAGUAGGUAAGAUUACAGGGUCUAUAUUCAUAACCAUGAGAACCUGGUAAUAGUUUCAUUUGAAUAAAUCUAUAUUUGUAUAUGAAUUAAUACUAUUUAUUAUAUGUUAACAAUGGCAACUAACAAGAAUUAUACUCAAGACGGAGGAUGCAAAUCUACCCUUUUUCCUGGAUAUUUAAUGAUAGGGGAGGUGUGGUAUAACUGAAUCUGUUCUAACCUCAACCAACCAAUGUUGGGACUGUGAGUCACUUUUUCUUGGAUAUUCUACUCUCCUUUGUUUCGUCUCAUAUGUAUUUCUGUGGCUGUCACAAAAAUAUAAUUUAUCUGGCAUACCUACAUGUUCUAUCCUGCCUCUUGAUUUACUGAUUAUAUUAUGAAAUAGCCAUGUUUUAUUUGCAGUAGAGCAUUGUAUGCAUAUUCUUAGUUUAUUUUUAUACAUAGUACAUAAUAUUCAUGUUUUAUAGGUCUUGUGUAUGAUAUACUAGAAAUUCUGGUGUACUAACAGACAGUGUUUUAAAUGGCUAAGCUUAAAAGUACAAUUAUGAACUCACAGAUGAUUAGGCUGUUUUCUUACCUAAAAGAACUUCCAGUAUAGGAGGUUAUAUAAACAAGUCAUAAAAGUAUUUGGAUAGUAAUCCUUGAGAAUCUCUACAUAUUUAUGCUCUUAGCUAUUUCCCAAGAUCUCCCCAAUUUCUACUAUCAUAGUUACUAUACCCACCAAAAUAUAUGUCACUUAUAGGGGGAGAUGGAAUGGGGUGUUAUUAGAAGAGAUACAUUGCUACUGUAUUCAUUGUAAUGAAAUUUUUAAAAAUGAGUAGGCCAGUCCCAGACUCCUUUGGCAUCCGAGGACAAACAGCAAAUAUCCCAAAUCUAUAUGUCACAUUUUAAACUUUCCUUAUUCCCAAUCCUAUAUUAAUCCCUCCUCAUGCAAAUCUCUGGGAUAUAAUAUAUCUCAGCUGAAGAGGGAAGGGGCAAAAAAGAUAUUAUGCAAAUGUUUGGCUGUAAAAAGUUACCCUACUUGAAGUGUCUCUGCAAAAAUUCAAAGUAAUGGCAGAUGCCAUUUUCUGUAUGAUUUUUCUGUUUUUAAAUUUAUAAUUUUUAACUUCCAUUUGAAAUCAUAUCCACUAAAUUUAAUUUUAUAAAUGUG